AACCCGGAACUGUCUGGUUGGCAUAGGCAACGUAGCUACGGCCAAAGAAGGCCUGCAUUUUGUGUCAUUUUCAGAGAAGAAAUAAGCCAUUAAAGAGAAACGAGAGGAGUGGCAGCGGAGGAUUGUUCCACCAACCACGUCAGUAGAAGAGUAGAGCGCAGCAGGCAUCCUGAAUACAGAAUGACAAGCUCGUCUACUCCCCGCAUGGUGAACACGUAUCGGCGGACGGCCAGCCCACGGUCGCCCACCAACAGCGGAGAGCUCUACACGCCCGCACAUGAGGAGAAUGUACGCUUCAUCCAUGACACCUGGAUGUGUGUGCUAAAGGAGGUGAAGUCUCCUCAGAGUGAGAGGAGUGAUCGUGGCCCACAGGAGUAUGUGGAGAAGAACCCCAACCCCAACUUACACUCUUUCACACCGGUUGACCUGAGUGACAUCAAGAAACGAAACACACAAGAUGCCAAGAAGUCCUAGUAGAGACCAACGCCAGCUUCACAUGGCCAGGACAGCUUUAAAGCUCUUCUCCUCCCCACACUUCUCUCUCUCUCUCUCUCCCCAGCUAGCUCUACAUCUCUCUUGUCACUUAUCAUACCCCCUCUUUUUCUCUCUCUCUCUUGCUCCUCUUCUUUCUAACUAUACUCCCUCUGUUUCCCUUUCCCUUCUCCUCUCCUCUCUUCUCUUCUCUUCUCUUCUCUUCUCUUCUCUUCUCUUCUCUAAGUCUCUCUCUCUCUCUCUCUCUCUCUCACCUAUGGUGGGCAGUUCCUCCAUCGACCAAUCAGGACAGGAUAUCUGGGCGGCACCUCUGCCGUAAACUACCCAUCACGCAUCUCUCCUCUGCAUCCUUGUUGUCAGGCAAUGCUGCCCUGGCCUGUUAGGCUGGCUACUGCUCUUCAAACGCUCCAGCCACCCGACUCCUGUGACCUGCAACACACACACACACACACACACACACACACACACACACACACACACACACACACACACACACACACACACACACACACACACACAAAUACAGUAGCGCACAGAUAGCACUCACAUACACAACUAUUCCCCAAGACACACAGUCAAACAUAACUAGACAUCACACAGUCACAUGGUUAUAAGUUAACACACACACACACAUGCAGAGUCACAUGGUGUGGAGCUUGCUAGCAGCCUGCUGAGACUGACUGCUGUCUCUGGGGACUCUCUUAUUUCCAGAUACUUCCAUAGUCAUUCUUUACUCUUUUUUUGUUUGUUUAUUUGUUUGUUUGUCGUUUUUAUCUCUUUUUUUGUUGUUGAUCUCGUUGCGUCCUCGUGAUUUCUCUGUUUCUCUUUUGUUUUGUUUUUGUUUCAUGUUUUGGCUGAUUUUGUUUCCUUUUGAUAUUUGACGGAUGCAAACCCGCAGAGAAUCAUCGCUGGCCCCACGAGAGGCGAACGGCGGACAGUCGGACCAAGGUCCUGCAGAGCAGAGCCAUGUCCGCCUCCCAUAGAGACAGACUGCAGUCUUGACCACAAAUGCAGAUUCAUCCUCAGUCAUCACACAGACACACACACACACACACUCACACACACACACACCCACACACACACACACACACACACACACACACACACCCACACACAACCUUGGAGCUCGACACACACAGCGUUGGAGCUUGACACACAUGACCUCGGAGUUUGUACUGAAGGGCUGACCCGUCUCUGCUCAUUACUGAUGCGUUAUCAUUCUUUUUUUCCAAGGAAGGUAGUUUGGUAGAUCAAGGAUUUAAAACAGUACAGUAUAUAUAGGAAUUUCAGAUAGUUACAGGCAAGUUUGGAAAGCCAAAUAUUUUUUAGUAAAGGUACCUACAUUUUUAAUUAUAUUUGAAACCUCUAAAGACUUUGUUUUAAGGAGCUAAAAAAAAAGAAAAGAAAAGCCCAACCCCAAUGCCCCAUGUCAACCGCUGCGUUGAAAUGGAAUUUGAAAUAAAGUGACUUUUAAGAUA